AUGCGUUAUAAUUAUAAAUCUAGUUUUGAAGAUUUAGCAAAUGAAAUAUUUUAUGAAAUAAUCGAAUAUCUUGAUUUUUAUCAUGUUUAUAAAGCAUUUUUUAAUCUUAAUCAACGAUAUCAAUGCAUUUUAACUAAUUCAAUAUAUCCAAUUAGAAUAAAUAUAUUGGCUAUGUCAAAAUCAAAUUUUGAACAUUAUUACAAUGAUAUAAUUAUACCAAAUAAACAUCGAAUAAAUAAAAUUCGUUUAUCAAAUUUAUUUACUAUUAAUAUUAUUUUUUCUUCUUCACGUUUUAUUUGUAAAUAUCUUCAACUUGAAACAUUAAUACUUGACAAUAUUAAAUCAAAAUCUCUUGAAAAUAUUCUUAAUCAUUUAUCCUUUUUACCGAAAUUAAAUUCAUUAACUAUUCAUCCUAUUGAUUAUAUUCAAAAUCCAACUAUUUUUUAUUUAAAAUUAUUUCGUUUACCAAAAUUAAAAUUUUGUCGAAUUUCAUAUGAAACAAAACAAGAUAAUAAAGAACAUUUAAUGAUUUCUUCUAAUUACUUUAGCUCUAUUGAACCUUUAAUAAUAAAUGCUCGUUUUCCAAUUGAUGAACUGGAUAAUUUAUUAUCAUAUGUUCCUCGACUUCAUCGUUUAACAAUUAAUUCUCUUAAGGAAUUUGAUCGUAAACAAAAAAAUUUAUGUUCAAUUACAUUAAAACAUUUAAAAUAUCUUUCAAUUAAAAUUGAUUCUAUUCGUUUUAAGAAAUUGGAAAUUUUAUUCAAAUAUUUCUUUCAACAUAUUCAAAUUUUGCGUAUUUCAACAAAUUCGAAUAUUGAAUUCUUAGAUGCAAAACAAUGGGAACAAUUAAUAUUAACCUAUAUGCCAAAUUUACAAACAUUUGAUUUUUAUCAUGAUGGACUCUUUUGUAUUAUGUGCAUUCGUAAUCCAUUAAAAUUUCAUGAGACUAUUAGUCAAUUCAAUUCUUCAUUUUGGACCGAACGAAAAUGGUUUUUUACACAUCAACAUACUUCUCACAAAACAUUAGAUUGUGGAAUAUUUUAUUCAAUAGAACCAUAUAGUAAACAAAUUACAAAUAAUUGUUUAAAUUAUUUUCCAAAUGCUACUGAAGUAACUUUCAAAUAUAGUUUUAAUGCAUUUGAGAAUUCAAUAUCAAUGGCUCUUAAUCAUAUUUUACCUUUAAUAAAACUUACUAAAUUAACUAUUGAAUAUUGUAGCUUUCCAUUUGAACAAUUAUUACAAUUAUUAAGCUUUACACCUAAUUUAAAUAUAUUAAAAUUUCAAUCUAUAUCAUUUAAUCAAAGUAAUUUUAUGUUAAUUCAACAAAAUGAAACUUUUAUAUAUGUAUCAAAAAUGAAUCAAGUUAAAAGUCUUGAUGUUCGUGAAAGUUGUACAUUAGAAUGUGUUGAAAUGAUUAUGAAUUUAUUUCCUCAAAUAGAAUAUAUUAAAACUGGAUUAAAUAAAAAAGAAAUUGAACCAAUUGGACGAUUUCUUUUUUCAAAAAUUAAUAAGAAAAUAUCUAAGUUAUUAUUCUUAUGUAUUUCAUAUACGCCUAAAAUUUAUUUAAAAAAAUUGAAAACUUUUAUUAAAUUAGAAAACUUACUUGACGACUAUUUUAUUGAUUUAGUUGAUUAUAAUUUGUGUAUAUGGCGAUAG